UGUAUUUAUUUAUAUGUACGCUGUUAAAUUGUCGAAACCGUUUAUCAAAGUGCGCUGGACUAAUAGAAUUAAUUAUUAACGAACACACACAAAUAAGGAAAUUGCUUUUUGAACUCAACGCAAACGUUUCAAACGGAAUGCCGCGUUACAGCGAGCGCCGCUAGAGCAUAUUGCGCAUACGACACGUCGAGCGCAGGGAUAAGCAAACAUAUUGUUGCGAAAAAAAUUUGCAAAGGCCAUAAAUUAUUUUGUACACAUUGCUUAGCUUUGUAUCCGACUGUCUGUCUGCCUGCCUGUGUGUACAAGUCUGUGUGUUUGACACAUUGUAAAUAAACGCAAAUAACGGCGCAAUGGAUAUUGUCAUACGCGAGGAGGAGCUGUCGCUGACGCAGAUUGGCAUCUAUGCCUCCGUUUCGUUUUUGGUGGUAACUGCUGUGGGCGCAGCGCUGUACACCACUUGCUCGCGGCGUUACCGCCUCAACUGGUUCGAGCAGAAUCUGCUGGAGUCGGCCAGCGAGAAGGACGAGGAGCAGCAGAGUCGCGAGGCGCUGGUGGCUGGCACCGUGGGCUACAACGUGGACAAUUUGAGCGAGUGUGUGGCACGUGGCAAGUUGGGCUUAAGCAAUGCCGGCAACAUGAGUCCCACGUCGCUCAAGUCGGAGGAUGCUGAUCCAGCCUUUUGGGUGCCCGCCUCGGUGACGUCAGCCACAGCUGCUGUGCAGCAGCAGGUCUCCAACACCACUGAGGACUCGGCACCGCCCACGCCCACCUCGCCCACGGGCAGCCUCAAGUCGAACACGUUGUCCUACUGCUCGACCACAUCGGUGCCCAUCGCUCGCUCCGACAAGCAUGUCGUCCUGGCCAUGCACCCCAGUCGUCCACGCGUUUCCUCCAUGAAUGCCAAGCUGGAUCACACCAAAAUCGACAUGACUCUCUACCGCAGCCACUCGCAGUCGAAGGCUGUUUGCGCCUCGGCCAACGCGAAUGAGGUGCGUGGCAACUUGCACGUCUGCCUCAGCUAUGAUCCGGUUGGCGGCUUGCUCAACGUGCGCCUCCUCGAGGCGCAGAACUUGCAGCCACGACAAUUCAGUGGCACAGCCGAUCCCUACGCCAAGAUACGUCUGCUCCCUGACAAGAAGAGCUUCUGGCAGACGCGCAUCCACAAGAAGACACUGAAUCCAGUCUUCGACGAGCACUUUGUCUUUGAGGUAACCGCCGGGGUGAUUGAUAAGCGCAGCGUGGAGAUUCUGUUAUACGAUUUCGAUGCCUAUUCGCGUCACGUUUGCAUUGGAGGAACCAAAUUGCAUUUGGCCCACUUGGAUCUGAGCGAGCAGCUGAAAUUGUGGACGCCUCUCACAUCGGCCUCGGCGCAGGAUAUGAAGAUGGACUUGGGCGACAUAAUGGUAUCGCUGGCAUAUUUGCCAUCGGCCGAGCGCUUGAUGGUGGUGUUGAUUAAGGCAAGGAACUUGCGCAUUGUGGAUGAUGCACGCAACUCUUCGGAUCCGUAUGUGAAGGUCUCGCUGCUGGGACCCGGUGGCAAGAAGUUAAAGAAGCGCAAGACAGGUGUGCAGCGCAACACCGUUAAUCCGGUCUAUAACGAGGCUUUGGCCUUCGAUGUGGGCAAAGAGACGCUCAAGAAUUGCGUUCUGGAAUUCAAUGUGGUGCACGAUGGCCUGCUAGGUUCGAGCGAAAUAUUGGGUCGUGCUUUAAUUGGGAACUCACCUGAGGUGCAGCACGAGGAAAAGAUAUUCUUCGAGGAAAUGUUUCGGGCUAAGAACGCAACAGCUCAGUGGGUGCCGCUGCAGGAGCCAACAGCAAACAACUUGAGUGCCACAGCCAAGACAGCAACCAAAAAUUGAAAUCCACACAGCUGGAGCUUUCGCUGUUAAGUCGUUAACAGAGCACUGUUAAAGCAGCUGUAGAAUAUUCAUCCGCAGGGAAUUCAAAGUGGCUAAGAAAUUUUCCGGGAAUUUGCAGGGAUACAUUUAAGAAGGAUGCUGAGCGUGUUUGCAAAAUAUUCACAAAUUAAAUAAAAACAUAUAAAGAGAAA